AGUUUCAUGAUUUCUGGUCGUACGUGAACAAUAAAAUUGGCAUUACAUCGAUACAGAUACAAAUAUACAUAUACAGAAGAAAAUCGAAUAAAAUUGAUAUAUAUUUAGAAGAAAAGAAACAGCACUUUCCGAUACUAACGAAACAUCUGCAACAAUCUUUCAAGUUAUCAGCUAUUAUUGGAUUCCUCUCAGAGAGUUGUAACAUUAAUUCGGUCUGUUUCAAGUUGAAUCCUCGACUUGAAACACUAAAUAAUUGUCUUAAAGAGAAUAAAGUGUCAAAAUACCUCCUUGAAAAAGGUAUUGAUGGAAUUAAACGAAAAUGUAUGCACAAAUAUUUGUACAUAAUACGUAACGUAUUGUAAUAUAUCUGAGGCAGGGAUUCUCAAACUUGGUAUUCGGUAAUUGCGAUAGCAAUACGCUUGAAACUGAGAUAUGACAUAAAAUACAAAGGAUAUAUAGAUAUAUAGAUAUAUGCAAAAUAAUGUAGAUGCAAAGAUGCAGAGAUGCAGUUUCGAUUUUCAGAUUUGUAUACACUCGAUUGUAACAAUUCACGGUCUGCUAAUCUCUCCAAUCGACCUUCUCUCUUAUAAUAAUUAGAGCAAAUUUCGCGUCACAUCUUGUCUAGUGAUUAGAUUAUUAUUUUCUUAUUUAUACAGUUUCAUAUCUGUCGUUACCCUCAAUCUUUCUUCUUGCGUUCGUACGACACACGCAUGUGCCAAAUUAUCAUCGCUCUCACGGAUAGACCUUACUCACAUUCCUCCUUCGUGAUGGCCAUUUUCUCUAUGAACAUCCGGAUGCGCUCUAUCACUCUAUUGUUUACACCAAAAUCUCGUAAUUUCCGUCUGAAUUCGAAUAAUAUCGGCACGAUAGGAAAGUGAUCCGGAAAGGGUUUUCCGGAAGAAUUGAAGUACGACAAACGGAGAAGCAGUGAAUAGCGAACUUCGUCCCGGUUUCCAACGACUUCGUAACCGAGGGGACUGCUCCGUUGGUUUGGAAACCCCGACGAGGGUCUUCGGAAACCUGGCACCGAACCAAUGAGAGGUUGCCUGGACGUUAUAUUUAGGUAGCCGUCCGAGAACGACGGACCGAUAGAAGGGAUGCCGCCGAAAUGUAAAAUCGCGUUCGUCGCCGCACUAAUUAUUGUAUUUCGAUCCGUCGUCCGCGCCGCGCCGUCGCAACGCGCUUCGCCAUUUACGCCCAAGUGGACAUUGUUACCUUCUAUCUCAAGAUUUUAACACUUUUAACAUUUUCACACAACACUUAUAAAAAGUCUUUUUCUCAAACAAAUUUCUCUCUCGACAGACCAAAUCUAAGAAAAUAAUAUAUAAAACUCUUUUACAAUUUGCAUUUUCGACCUGUUAUGUGUGACUUGAACAUUUCCUGAGCUUUCUCCAAAACAUUUUCAGUUCCGUCGAGCGGAGCAAAGAGGACGAGAAGGAGACGGGGAAGGGAAACGUUGAGCGUAACUGUGAACGGAUUUUGGUACGGAACAACGCCCUUCCUUUUAAACGCCUGCUGCUUGACAUCAAGAGACACAUCGUCGGUGCGGAAGGAGCUUAUCUUUCGGGCUACGGCGCGCGGCGCAGGCGCCGAUCAACGACGACGCCUGAUCACACCACUGUACACCGCGUACACUGCACUUGCAGCCGGACGCCGGACGCAGCCGAGCGAACACGCAGGCAGCGCAGACCAGCGCAGGCAGGCGAUGUGACGGUGUGUGGUGUGUGAGCGGUGAAUGGUGAGAGACGAGCACACGACAUUCGCUGCUCCGUCUCGUCUCCGUUGCCCUAUUGGCCCUGUUGGCUCGAGUCUUUAGACGCGACGGAAUCAUUCCAUCCUCGGCUCGAGGGUGAAUGUGAUCGAGCCGACGAGGACGAUUACGAUUACGACUACGACUACGACUACGACUACGACUACGACUACGACUACGACUACGACAACGACAACGACAACGACAACGACGACGACACGACGACGACGACGACGACGACGACGACGACGACGACGACGGCGGCAGCGGCGACGGCGGCGGCGAUGGCGACGGCGAUGGCGACGGCGACGACGACGACCACGAGGUUGCGUGCCGUCGUUGGCACGUGCGAUGAUGAGAAGACGCUGCAGUCGUCACCAUUGCGGAAUGGCUUAAUCUCCUCGCGCGGCGUCGAGGAUACCGGCAAGAAUGGUAUCAACGGUUACACGCUGACAAGUAACGGCCACGUACACUCUGCCUGUGGUUCAACGAAAGCUGAUUUACAAAAAACACGACGGUCCAAAGAGUCCUUCGAAAAAGUUCCGAUUAUCACAGCGGCGCUUACAUAUCUCGGUUUCUAUAUCCUUAUGUUCCUGGGAUUUAUCAGUGAGUUAUUCUUCGUUCCGAAGAUUGCCACCGAAAGAAAUAGAGAAGGAUACGCUCCGCUUUACGAUAAUUUUGAGAAAUUUUAUCUCAAAUAUGUCUACAGAAGAGUUAGAGAUUGCUGGAACAGGCCGAUUUGCUCUGUUCCCGGCGCAACAGUGACAUUAAAAGAUCGGAUAACUCACGAUUACGGAUGGACGUUUCAAUUUACUGGAACUGAAACGCAAUGUAUAAAUUUGGGCUCUUACAAUUAUUUAGGGUUCGCCGAAGCGAGUGGUAAGUGCGCCGACGAGAGCAUCGAAACGCUCAGAAAGUUCGGUUGUGCCACUUGCAGCACGCGUCUUGAAUUAGGUUCUAUGCCGAUACACGAUGAACUAGAAAAGUUGACUGCGAAAUUUUUGGGAGUGGAAGACGCUAUAGUAUUUGGAAUGGGAUUUGCCACGAAUUCUUUAAACCUGCCCUCUUUGGUCAGCAAAGGCUGUCUAGUUCUUAGCGACGAGAAAAAUCACGCAUCGCUGAUCCUCGGACUGCGAUUGUCCGGUGCAGUGAUACAGAUCUUCAAGCACAAUAAUGUGAAACACUUGGAGGAAUGUUUGAAGAAGGCUAUUGUUUUCGGGCAGCCAAAGACCGGCAAACCCUGGAAGAAGAUAGUCAUCAUUGUCGAGGGUGUUUAUUCCAUGGAAGGCUCAAUCGUUCAUUUGCCCGAAAUAGUAGAAUUAAAGAAGAAAUAUAAAGCCUAUCUUUAUGUGGACGAAGCGCACAGCACAGGAGCUAUGGGAAAACAUGGGAGAGGAGUUUGCGAUUAUUAUGGCAUUGAUCCUCGCGAAGUGGAUAUACUCAUGGGAACGUUUACGAAGAGCUUUGGGUCGGCCGGCGGAUAUAUAGCCGGGACAAAGACACUGAUAAAUCACAUAAGAAUAUACGGUCACGCGCAUACAUAUGCAGCAUCGAUGUCUCCACCCGUUACGCAACAAAUUAUCACGUCAAUGCGAAUUAUCGCGGGAGAAGAUGGAACUGACGCUGGUGAAAAACGUAUCAAACAGUUAGCUAAGAAUACGAGAUACUUCAGACGUAGAUUGAAUCAGAUCGGAGUUAUAAUUUACGGAAACGAGGAUUCGCCCGUUGUGCCUAUGCUAGUUUACCUAUUUUCUAAGAUCGGUGCGGUGAUUCGUAUUCUGACAACUCGUAACAUCGCGACCGUUGGUGUUGGAUUCCCAGCGACGCCGUUAAUGGAAGGUAGAAUCCGAUUUUGUCUCUCUGCCGCGCACACAAAGGAACAAUUAGAUUACGUGUUGUCGCAUAUCGAGGAGAUUGCGGACAUGUUAGGAUUAAAAUAUUCGAGAAAACCUCGCACUUCUACGAAAAUAGAAUAUUCCGACAGCGAAACGGAAUGACCUACCUCGUAAAGUAACGAACCGUUAGAUAAUUUAUAUUAGUGACGAGUGUCACACAAAAUAGCUGAGAGCUUUAAAUAUCAUCAUAGCUCGGUAAGGGGUAACAUAUAAUUCAUUGUAUCGUAUGAUACAUCAUACAAUACAUCAAACAAAAAGGCUAUGUUAAAAUUACAAUUACAAUAAUAAGCUAGUGCUUACAUAAAUUUUUCAUGAAAACAUACGAACGUGAUUUAUGUAUAUGAAGCUAACAAAUAACUGGAGGACGUAUAAUCCGUGCGAAACUACCUGAAUAAAUGUAAGGAGAGAAGGAGGAUUCAAAUACAUUGUACUACACACACACACACACACAUAUGAUCAAAUACGCGCGAAACUUUUGCUGUAGGGUUUUUUUUUCUAACAUCAGUUUUAUGCCAAAGAAAAGUUUUGCUGUUUACAAGCAUUUUACAGAAAUAACAUUCAUCAUAUUUUACGUGUGUUAUAAUUACAACUCCAGAAGUACAUCGCGCUUCAUUUCACGAGAUAAGUGCAAAAUGAUGUGACUAUAUAAAUCUGUUACGAUUCGUCAUUCUUUCUAUUCACUUUUCACUAAAAUAAGGAAUUACACUACCUCCAGAUAUCUUCUUACUUUUUUCGUUUCACACGCAUUGAACGAACAAACGAAUUCGAUCGAUAUUACAUUAAAUGUCAUUAAAUUGUAUAUUGUAUGUACUGUUAAUUUUGUUGUUUACACAUUCUCAAUAUUCGUGCAUAUUUGAAAUAUUCUAAGAUUGUGUCGAAAUAUAAAUUAGAAAUAUUGAAAACACUAAAUUUAAAGCUACUAAAUUUUUUCAACUUUGGUUAUAUUUUUGGAAAUGUUACGUCUCGCUGUAAAAUCAUUUAAUAUUUAUUUACUUUAUUCCAUUUUAUAUUAGCUAUAUAAUGCUAUACAUGCUAUAUGAUUGAUAGAUAAGAUUAUGUAUCGGAAGGUCCAAAUGUAAUAGAUGAUCAGAUAUAAUGCAUUACAUAUACAUACUUUUUUUUAUCAUUCAUGAUUUUUUAUAAGCAUGUAUAAAUAUAAGAUUCUAAAUAUAUAUUCAUAUCUUUAUAUUAUUGGAUAAUUAAAUAGACGCUUUUUUGAUCAUUAAAAAGAAAUAUUUUUAUACGCUAAAAAACUAUUUUUGUGUACAUUUCUUGUAAUUACAGAAGUCGGUCUCUCAUAAUCAGUUCAUAGCAAUCACUUAAAUUUCAAAAAGUAGACGAACGUAAAUACAUAUUUAUAAAUACAAUAUUUUUAUCUUCAACAGAAUCAAAUCAAAAUUUAAAUCAAGCAAAUAUUGGUUAUUUUGAAUUGAGUUAAUAAAACAAUGAGCUCCGAGAUCGUUAAUAUAGAUUUCAAUAUUCAAAUCGAUAGUAAAGUUUCUCAAACUUAUUUCAAUAUGAAAAUUAGACACGUAAUACAUAUCAAUAUGGAUUUUUCUAAAUUAAUAUUUCGUGUUUAUCGUCGACGUCGCUUUUUAAAAUUUUAAUGUUUGACCAUUUUUCUUUGUAACAAGUUAGAUAUAUUUUUUUUUUGUUUUUUUGAUGUACUAAACGAGAGAUAAUACGUAACAUGAUGACACAAUGGAACAAUAAAAAAAAUAUUUUAAAUUGUUGCUUUAUCGAGUUAAAUAUCAAUAAUCACGGUUGGAAUUCCAUUGUCAUUUCAUUAAGCGUACUGCCACCCUUGUAACAUAAUGAUCUCGUAAUAUUUAUCAAAAUAUGUGUGACUGUUAAAUUAUCAUGAUUAUUACAAUUUACAUGAAAGUUUCAAUUACUCUUUAAUCACUGUCAUAAUUAAAAUAAAAAAAUAUACAAAACGAUAAAUACAAAAAACACGAUCUUAAUUACUUCGUGAUAUUCAUGUUUGUUGCGAAAUAAUGUAAAAUAUCUUGAAUUUAUUGUUUUUUAUUACUAAGAUUUAUAUAUAGAUUCAAAUGAAUUGUGUGGCCAAAUUGAUUCCAUAGGUCGGAACAAAAAAAUACUCGAGUUUUCGAAAGUUCGAACAAUUCAAACAUAUUGAACAGAAAUAACCGAGUCGUUUGGUCGCGACUUGCAGUAGUCAAAAGUCAAAAGUACAAGUAUGCAAAGUUAAAGCAUCGAGAAAAAUCUGAGCAAAAAUUGUUUUUAUUGCAAACAAGCAUAAUCAACUUUUAUUUUUUGUUGUUAUAUACUGUCUACCUUGCUAUCUAAAUUUCAAAUUAAAUUGUUCAGUUAUAUCUUAGGAAUUGAAUAAUCUCAACGAUUUAAAACUCGAGCUUUAUAUUCAAUUUAUUUGAGUUACUCAUUGUCAAAAAAUCCUGGGCAUUACUUGUUGCUGUUUGAAAUAAUACGAAUAAAUGAAAAGAUUCACUUGUUUAACAUAUUCGCAAUUAAAACUCGUUUAUUAAAAUUUACGUAGAAAUAGAUUAUAUUUUUUAUAACAGCUAACAUUUUGGUAUAAUAGUACUAACCGAACAUAUAAAAAUGGGGCUGUAUAGGCAUAUCAGUCACUCUUUUGUGAUCAUAUUACUUACUAACAUAGCACGCAUUCAAUAUCGUUCCUUCAUGCGAGCGAUAAAGAAAUAUUGAUGUUUUAUUACAAGCAAAAGCUGUAGUAUUACGUUGUAUGUUCGCAAUCUUUAAUUUGCGAGAGGACAUGUCGCCCAUUACGUCAUCGCUGAGACAGCAAUUUUAAGACAUCUUUAAGAUGUCUUGCGAUUUUGAACAUACGUGCUGUCCGAACCGUUGCAAAAAUUAAAUCGUGUUAAAGGGCUUGUUCUUAGGUACUAGUAAACUUUUCGCUAAAUGAAGCUGUUUACUGGCACAAAAUGCUUCAUUGAAUUUUAAUUCUAUAUAUAUAUAUAUAUGUCUUGCAUUACACAAAGAUACACAGUAACAAUAAGGAAUUCUUGACAAUCCAUUAAAUUUAAAAUGCAUCGCGAUAUGAACAAUCCAAUAGUUACGUUUAGCUAUGUGUUUAAUACAAAAUAUGCUUGUAACACUAAAUGAUAAAUAUGUAUGAAUUAUAUUUUACAAAUAUGUACACACACACACGCGCGCGCACACACGACAGUGUUACAUUUAAUGCAGAAAAAUUAUGAAUCUUAUAUAAUGUAAAUUUCUCAUUCGAUACAAUUAUAUUGGAUUUAAAUCGAAAAAUUAUGUAUAUCUAAUUUUAAAUAUCUUUCUGUAAUAAUAUGUAAGCAUUGUAGUAAGCGUUGUUUUUCCUAACAGCAUUUUCUUACACUUUCCGUAGUUUUACCAGUAAAAUUUUAUCUUAGACUAUUUUAAACUUCAUUUUUCAUUGAUAUAAGCAUUUAUUGCAAUUUUUUAAAAUAAUUUUUCACAAUUUUUGCUGUAUUUGCUAUUGCAAAUCUGAAAGUGUAAGAAAUAUCGCAUGUACAAAUCAAUUGUCACAAAUCAAGUCUACUUUCUAAUUAGCAAUUUUUAAAGUGCAUUAGCGUCGUGCUUUAAGCAAAAUAUAUCGUUUCAUAAAGAAUGUUAUGUUAGGAAAAUGAAAGGAGAUAGUUUUAAAGCUUAUAUACAAAGAUUGUUGGGAAAUGGAUAAGAAAUAUUAAUUAGAAAAUUGUUAAGUCGCCAGUUUUUUCAACAUUCCUCGAUUUUGCAAUGUAUACAUUCCUAAUGAUCAACAAGGCUAUUUUUGUAAUUAACAAAGCGAACGCUUAUGGCAAAAUAUAUUAUUAUUACUAUGAA